AUGGGGGCGCGGCGGCCGGCGGGGACAAUCAAUAGGCAAGCUGAGAGGGCGGCAACAAGCCGGUGCACCAGGAUUUCUCUUAAAGGGGCCGCGGCCUCGGCCAACCCCGAGAAGGACAGGGCGCUAUUUUACCGCGGUGUCUCGGCGGUGUGGGGUUGGCGGCGGAGGGCGAUGGGCGCGGUACGUGGACAUUUCUACGGCGUCUAACUGCUGCUGUGCAGGAACCCAGGUUUCCUGGGCCGUGUGUACAUCCGAUUCACCGUGAACCCCCAGGGCAGUGUCAGACAACACAACGCGGGCUGCCGCAGGUGGGGUGCCUGGCGUACGACUGGUCAGAAACCCGGGGUCAUGGUGUUAAUCGUUCACGGAUUUCCCUCAGCCGUGGGUGCUCUGAAGAUCGAGUGGUCCUGGCAGCACCCGUCCUGAUGUCGGCAGCUGGCGGGGGUGAGUGGGCGGGCGCGGGGAGAGGGCAGUUAG